AUGCCGCCUCCCAAAACUGAUUUUCCACCAGUCCGAGCAUGUCUAUUCGAUAUGGAUGGCCUCCUCCUUGACUCAGAAGACAAAUACACCAUCUGCACCAACGCCAUCUUGAAAAAGUACGGAAAACCAUCUUUGCCAUGGUCCAUUAAAGCACAACUUCAAGGACGGCCUGGGACAGCAGCAUCAGAAAUCUUCCAUUCCUGGGCACAACUUCCAAUCAGCCACGAUGAAUACCUAAUCGAGCAAUCGGCUCUCCAACGCGAGCACUUCCCCACCGUACAACCACUCCCAGGCGUAGCAAAACUCCUCAGCGAUCUAGGCUGCGCUCAUGUCCCGCUAUCCUCCCCAGCUACUACAUCCACAUCUACCCCCGAAUCAAAACCCACCGAAGGGAAAGUCCACAUCGCCCUCGCAACCUCUAGCCACGCUGGGAAUUUCAAGCUAAAAACAGACCACCUAGAAGAACUAUUCAGCAUCUUCCCCACACACCGCCGUGUCCUAGGCGAUGAUCCCCGCAUCCCCCACGGCCGCGGUAAACCUAAUCCAGAUAUUUAUCACCUCGCCUUGGAGGUUGUAAAUUCUAGUCUGGAAGAAGGUGAGAGGCCAAUAGUGCCAGAAGAGUGCUUAGUGUUUGAGGAUAGUGUUCCUGGGGUGGAGGCUGGGAGGAGAGCUGGAAUGAGAGUUGCUUGGGUGCCGCAUGUGGAGUUGAAGAAGGAGUAUAAUGGAAGGGAGAAAGAGGUUCUAGCUGGACUGACAGGGCAGGCUGGGGAUAAUGAGAUGCAUCUUGUUGGUGAGGUGGAUGAUGGAUGGGCGGAUUGUUAUGGUAGUUUAGAGGGAUUUCCGUAUGAGAGAUAUGGGAUUAUUGUUUAG